GAGUUGGCUUCUCCAGUGAUCAAUAUCGGGUUGGGAAUACGGAGUCUGCAACUCGUCCAGCGUCCAGAGAUCGUCUACCAUCCCGUCUUCUAAUCUUUUCCCAAAGGAGGCGAUGGGCAUGGCGUCGGAUGCCACUCAACAGCCGACUCCCAGCGAGGCCACGCCCGACCAAGUUCAGGCCUUGCUCGAGGCUGCUAGAUAUGAUGACAUUGAAGAUGUGGUGAGCUUAUACUCUGUGGGUGUUUCUCUUAACUCCAAAGAUUCUCAAGGGCAAACAGGUCUUCACAUGGCUUCUGCUAAUGGGCACCUUGACAUUGUGGAGUAUCUCAUAAGUAAUGGAGCGGACGUUAAUGCUGCUAACUCAGAAAAGAAUACUCCCCUUCAUUGGGCCUGCCUCAAUGGUCAUAUUGAGGUGGUCAAGACUUUGAUCCAGAAUGGAGCUAGCUUAAGUGUGCUGAACAGCCAUGAGCGGACUCCAAUGGAUGAAGCUGUUGGUAGGGGAAAGAUGGAGGUGAUUGAUGCAAUCAAUGCAGCAGUAGCCCAAGCUGAACUUAAUGGUGUGAGUGUUUCUUAGCAUUGUGAGCUGUGCUUAUAUUUUUCACUUUUAAAAGGAUUGCUUGCAUUUAGGAUGUGGUGACUUUGUUUUACAUUAACCCAAGUGUAGUCCAAGGGAUGAUCCUUCCAUCGGGUAUCAUCAUCGACUCCACAGGUUUAUGCCUGUAAACUGAAAAGAAAUCUAUAUGUAUGAUUACCCCUUUGCCUCUGAAAAUUUGUAUGAUGCGGUCUGCAAUAAUAUUCUGUUCUGCAGGUUUAUUGUGCAUUCCAUUCCAAAGUGAUCUUA